AAGAAGAAGUAGAAGAAGAAUGCGCCUGAACGGAGAUGAAAUGAUCAGACAGUACUUUUACAAUGGCAUCGUGAAAUAUCAUGUUGUAAAUGGAUUGCUUCGUUCCAGGCAGGUUUUUGAACCCGUAAAUCACGCCUUCAAAACCACGACUCUGAGUACAUCAUUCUAAUUCGAGUUCAAGGGGUGAGAAGUCACGGGUUUGACAGCUGUUCCGGUGCACUUUCACGGGUGAUUGAUAGAUAUAUUUUAAGAACAACAACAAUGGCAUGGGAGAAUCACAAGGACAUUCAAUACCAGUAAUAAGAACAGAACCCACAGCAUCACGGCCAACAAUACAAAGCCUUUUAGAAUUUGAAAACCCAUGGAGGAAAAUGGAUUGGGGGCAGAAAGAAGCAUUAAUACAGCGUUUAGAAGACUUUACUGUAUGUCGUUCAGAUGUACAGUGCAUCAAGAUCCUGCUAGUUGGACAAAUCGGGGCUGGAAAGUCCAGCUUUAUUAACUCCGUUAAUAGUGCAUUUCAAGGACGGAUCACUUCUGCAGCGCUAGUUGAUUCAUCUGCUGCCUGUAGCAGUCAAAGUUUCACACAAAGAUUUAGAACACACAGAGUCAGAACUGCAAACCGUUAUUUGAAUUUUAGCUUUUGUGAUGUAAUGGGUUUAGAAUCUGAAGCAGGACCACAAACAAAAGAAAUCAUCAAUGCCGUAUUCGGCCAUGUGAAGGAGGGCCAUAAAUUCAAUCAAGAAAAUCCAGUCACUUUGGACAGUGAAUAUUUUGAAGGGAACCCUGAUAUCUGUGACCAGGUUUUCUGUGUGGUUUACAUCAUUUCUGCAAAUCCAGUCAAUUUAAUGAACGAGAGACUUAUGGAGAAGUUGAGGAUAAUCCGUGGAACAAUCAGUGACAGGGGGAUUCCUCAAGUCACUGUUAUGACCAAAGUAGAUGAAACAUGUCCACUGGUGAGAGAUGAUUUAAGAAAGAUCUAUAUAAGCAGGAGAAUCAAACACAAGAUGGAGUUGUGCAGUAAUAUGUUGGGCGUGCCAAUGAGUUGUAUAUUCCCAGUGAAGAACUACCAUGAAGAAAUUGACACAGAUGACAACAUUGAUGUUUUAAUUCUUAAAGCCGUUGAUCAAAUUGUACAUUUAGCCAAUGACAGACUGAUGGAUGAGGCAAGUUGAGACUCUGGGGCAGUCCUAGUCUAGUGGUUAGAUAGUCGGCUUGUAACCCAAGAGUUCUCAGUUCAAGUCUCACAGCCAUUGUGUUCACUACUGGAUUACUUGAAUGCAAAAAUCACAUUUCAAGUAUGGGUUACCAUACGUUGGUAAAUACGUCAUCUCACUUUACAUGAAGUUUGCACAACCGUUCUACCAUGGGAUUCUUAAAAAAAGCUUCUGAUACUUUUACUCACGGACACAUGAAAUGAAUUACCAGUUGAAAUUUUUUUUUUUUAAAUGGUGUACAAACAUCAAAUAAUUUAGCACAUUCAUACUGAAGUCAAAAUGACUUGAUUUCCAACGUUUUCUUUCUCUUGUUAUCGAAUGACCACAACUGCAGACUUGCGUCACGUCACCCUACAAGCACCAAAACCAUCUUGUUUUGUUUCCUUACCUCAUCCUUGGGUUCCUAAGGACAUUGAGACUGACAGAUCCAGUCCCAUUUACCUUGAUGUUCGUACCACCACUGAUCUAUUGGCGUCCUAUCAUUGUGAUGCCCAGCCGAUGUCUGCCCAGUGACAUCCAACUGCUUCUUUUAUAAUAGUAUUCUGGCUAUUGCAUGGGUCUUUAACCUUAUGAUGGAGGUCUGCCAAAUAAUGUUUAAUACCAAGCAUUUAUUUUGUUAAAAAUUUAAAACAUGUACAAAACCAUUGGGAUGCUUUUUGGAAUCGUGAAUCUGGAAACCGUGUGCGCUUACGCUGGAUUAUAUACAUGUACUGUUGUAACCUGCAAUUGACGUAUAGGCAAACGUAUAUUUGUCUUUCUUUCAGAAUAUUAUUUAAGAAUCUGCAAUCCUUGUUCAUAUCCAAUUUCUAAAAUUAAAAUGUCUGUUAAAAGCUUUAAAUGACACCACAUCUGCAUAGAUAUGAACCGUGUAGAUAUAAACUAUCCACUACUGUGACAAAACUAUCGCUUGCAUUUAAAAUCAACAAAACAUGUGCCAUGGUACUGAUUGUGCAAGAUUCAUAGUCGAAUUGAAAUCCGGACUAAUAGCGUUUGUCAAACAACGUUGCCUCAAAGAUACUGGGGACUUAUUGCAUGUUGUUCUCCUGGAGAGAAUAAACUUGCGAUACUUAAACUAAUACAGUAACAAUAAUGAUCCAUGUGAAAAGCAAAGGACCUCAGAAUUAUAAAGUACUGCAACAGUUUGUGUGGUCCUCCCCACACAGAAACCAAAAAGAAAUUACUGGUAUUUGCUCCAUGAUUUAACACAGGAAAAAACUACUUUGCGUUUGAAAUGUCUGCAAUUUUACUGGUAGGGGAAGCAUCACAGAGAUCAGAGAGUGCAUGAUAGAAGGGAGAGGAUUUUUUCCACAUAUCAGUUAUUUGGAAUGCCAGAGGAUCAUAUUUUUUUUAAAUCAGGGUUCCCACACUAUCGUUAUCUGAAAUAUUGCCAAAGACGGCACUGGAAGUAUGGCAAGGGAGACACAGUAGCCUCUUUCACACAGUAAUACUGGUAAAUUACCAUGAAUUUACCAGAAUUAAUUUACCAGUAAAUACAAAAAUGUGCUGUUCACACACGCAGUGACAUUCCGUCUUUUUACCAGUAAGACAUCAUUCACACAUCAGUAUCAAAUUACCGGUAAAUUCGUUGAGAAAGCGGAAGUACCUGUGGUGCGCGGUGAGCUCAGUUUUGUAUUUGUAAACAAUCCACGUCGUUCAUAUCCACGGUCCGUAUUUUGUUGUUUUCACGUCUGUGGUAAACUCUGACAGUCGCGAAGUUGCUCAUGACCAAACAACAUUGCAUAAGGCGACGUCAAACCGAUGGCGUUUUAAACAACAGUACUUUUUGCACAUUAGGCUUCACAUAGGGCGUGCUAAGGACGUCGGCAAUGCGGCAAGUAGGUGGUAAGAUGUUUUAAACAACUUUGGUGAAGAAAUGUGGACGUAAACUUCAGGUGUGCUCACUUUCAAGCACCGCAUGUGUGGAAACGUCCGUAAACAGUCUGGGCGUAAACGCGUCAUCUGUUUUAAAACAUUAUGAUUGGCCCAAAGCUGUCAGCGCGGUCUGACGUCGUCCGUUCUUAAUGCCGGUAAUCCUAUAUUUUUCGUUCACACAUAGCGCUUACCGGUAAAUUACUGGUAAUCUUACAACCUGUCUUACUGGUAAAUUGGGAGCACUGAUUUACCAGAAAGGUUCUGUUCACACAUGAUCUGUUAACUGCAAUUUACCAGUAAAUUACCAGUAAAGACUGUAUGUGUGAAAGGGACUAGUGUCUCGUUCCCUUCUCAAGGAACAGCAGUUACAUACGUAACCCGAGACGUUUUCAUGUGUCAAACACAACUAUGCAAAAAGCAUUUUGGUUUGAAUCAACAUUCGCAUACAGAAGAUAUAAGCAUUUAAAGCUAACAGUUAAGCAUGUGUGCUUAAAAAAUCUAGAAUUUUUAUGAUAUAAUAUGGAUUUUUUUCCAGAAAACUUCUUGCAUAAAAUAGACUUUCAAUGACCUGUAUCUAUGUAUAUAUAUUUUUUCAAAAACGUCCCAGGGCCUUGAAUUUUUUUGCCCAGAUUCACAAACUUUCAAGGACUUGUGGGAACCCUGUAAAAUAUUGUUUGCAAAGCCAUGCUAUGUUUAAUUUGCUGAAGAAUAAAGGAGUCAUGAGAAGUCACACUUCUUUUAACCCCUGGUUCUUCAUAGUGUACGUUAACUUUGUUAGCUGGAAUUUCACACUUCGCAUUUUCCUCUGUGGUGUUUCAUCAAGCGUUAGUAUCACCUGCAACUGAGGAGCAUCAGCUAUUAUUUGUGACUUUGAACUAAUUUGCGCUGCUCUUAGUAGAUUGCAUUGACCAUUAUGAAAAUGUGCCUGUGUUAUUAUUGUGCCCGUGUUACUUAAUUUGUGCCCUUGUAGUAAAUCACCUGCAGAUAUUUCCACUCCCAUCUGCAGAUGUUUGGAAUUGUGCUCUCAUUCCAAUUUGCCCCGUUUAGUAAAUCUGGCCCUAUUUGUAACUAAAAUCUCAAUUGAAGUUACUGAUAAUUCAAGUGUGCAAAGACAUUCAAUUAUUAUAUUCAAAAUAUAAACAGAAACAAAAGAUGGUAAGACAUUUACUAUAAAUACAAGUGACAAAUCAUGUUACACUUUAAAAACACUGCAAAUGUUUGUUUGUGUCAUUUGAAACUGCACUAGAUAAGACAUACUGCUAAAGGUCAGUUAUAUAAAUGUCAUUUUCAAUCAUUUAUCCAACUACCAUAAAACGCUGUUUAAUGUGUUACCAGCAGAUAACGCAGCUUGUGCUUGGUUUCUCCAAAGUGUAUCUUACUCACUAGGCCCACUGACUACUAUCUAUUAAGACAAAUGUUUUAAUACGUUAUGUACUGCAAUCUUUGGUGUACCAAUUUAAUUAAAAAUAUGCAUAACUACCA